AUGCAGCUAAGUGCUUUGUUGCUUGCGCUACUGUUGUGUGCUUCAGUUACUGGUGAUUUCGAUGACAACUUUAAAAAUUGUCAUCCCAACGUAUCAGGUUUUGAUGUCUGCGUGCGAGAGGGAUUAAAUGCGAUUCAGCCUUAUUUCAAAACUGGUUUACCGAAUUACAAUGUGCUCCCGUUUGAUCCCUUCUUUGCCAAAGAGAUAACGGCCACAAGAGGGAUACCGAAUUUUGGCUUUACUUUAAUUCUUCGAAAUGUCACUGAGACCGGAUGGUCUAAUAGUAAAGUGACAAAAUUCGUUUCUGAUUUGAAUAAUUACAAGGUUGUGUACACGCAAAGUUUCCCAGAGAAAAUGCUGACGGGUAAUUACGAAUUUAAAGGCACAUGCUUCAGCUCUACUAUAACGAAUAGAGGAAAAUUCACGCUUAUUUUGUAUGAUCUCAUGCAAACAACCACCGUGACCAAAGUGCCAGGACAUAAAUUACGGGCUCAUAUAGACGUACAGACCAUCAGUAAUUUGAAGCUUCACGUGACAAAUCUUCUGUUUGGAAAGAGAUUCUUUGAGAAUAUUCUUGAUAAAAUAAUUAAUUACACAUGGCAGCCAGGUUUUGUGCUGACGAGAGGUCUGAUUAACGAACUCGUUUCGACCGCUUUCACAGAGAUCUUCGACAACGCCUUUCGUAAUUUUCCCUUUGGGCAAAUUUUUAAAUCAAAAGAGCCCAUAAACUAAAUUAAUUUGAGGUAUGGUGCGAUUAAAUCGAUAAAAGUAAAUCAAUCUUUCAAUUACGAAAUAAUGUGUUAUUAAGUGAGUAGAUAAUGUAUCUGCCGUUUUGUAAGCAAUCUGUCUAUAAAACCGU